AAAAAUUAGGAAAUGAAGUGCCAGAUGUAUUAAUUAAUGUAAAUUAAACAUGUAAUUUAAAGUUGGUGAAGUGUUAGUAGGUCUAGAGUAUAACGCUUUUGGAAUUUUGUCUUAUCAUUUGCAUUAUAAUUAUAAUGGAAAACCUGGACCAGAAACACUUCACCAAUAAUUUGACCGAAGCUAUGAAUGGACAUCCGAUCAACUCAGACACAGGUACAACAGAAAAGCAUGAAAAUAGACUUAAAAAUAAUAUACACAAUUACCAGAUCUUCUCCGAUUGCAGCUAUUUGAAAAAUCUCAAUAAUUUAAACGAUUUUCGUCCUGUAUUAGAUCCUUUACAAUAUCUGCAAGAACAAAUUAUCACAGAUUAUAAUGAUAACAAUUAUAUCAUGAAUCAUUUCGAAGACGACAUAUGGAAUGGACUCAUUUUAAGGGUUUAUUUCCAACAAAUAUUCUCUGUACCUUUGUACUCAAAAUACAGAGACAAUGAAAACGUAUUAGUACCUAAAGUUUUCAAAUGGAAUAACAUUUUCAACUAUUAUGCAAUAGAAAAAAUGUUUCUAUUGUUUGUAUCUGCCAAAGUAAUUGGUAGCGUUUCGAAGUGCCUCGACUGUGAAGUUGCUAAUACUAAACGCAAUAUACCAGCAUCAACACCCGAAUCCAAUAUUUAUAUAUUAACGAUUGAUGUACCUGAUUUCCGAGAAGCUUUUGACUGUUUUCAAGAAAAUGAAAAUGUAAUAAAAAUAAUAGAGCAACAAAGCCUUCAAAAUACUGUCAAUCAAAAGUUUAAUCAACCAAUCGCAUUAGACAUAGAAACAUUAGAUAAUUACAGUUUAUACGAAUUCUCAUUUUGUUAUUUCAAGAAAGGAAAAGACAUUAUAUUUAUAGAAAACUCACUAAUAAAAUUUCUUCAAAUUCUCUUAGAUUUUGCACCAAGUAAAAAAUAUAAAGUCAUAAGCAACUCAGAUGAAAGAACAGUUUCACCAAUCCACAAUAAUUGGUUCAUCCAAGAUUUUCUUCAUGGUUUUCUAUUGGCAAGUUUACAGAGAAGAUGUAAAAUUAACACCUUGUACUACAUCAGUAAACGGUAUUUCGUUAUUAUUAAUAGACAUAUUUCCAAAGUCAUAAUAGAGGUUAAAAUGUUUAAAUUAAAUAUAUUUAACAUUUACAAUAAUAAUUUAUAUCAGAAAAUCUGUAAUUUGAAAUCAGACGCUAAGACAACUUACGACGCGAGAAUUGCAAUUUAUAAUGAUAUUUCUAUAAAAGAAGUGAUUUCUAUAUCUUUUAUUUUGAAUGUGUAUAAUUCCAAACUUAUAAGUCCUCUUGUGGUUAAAAUAAAUUCCAUAAACGGAUAUCAACCAAUGCAUAAUGAUGAAAACACCAAAGUAAACGAAGUAUUCUCUAAUUGCGAAACAUGCGAAAAGAGAGAGUUUCUUUUGAAAAGUGAAUCAGACUCUGAACGUAUGAAAACUGCUGAAGUUGAACAAAUAGUGAGCGAAAUAAGAACUUUAACGCUCUGCGAAUCAAUUAAGAGUAUCAAAUCGGAAAACCUUAUAUAUGAAACAAAAUCUUUAAGUGAUUCCGCAUCUAUAAAUACAGUUGGAACUGACGAAUUUUUACAUGGAAGCAUAUCAAUAUCUCCUUGUGAAUCAAUAAAGACAUUAGAGUCCGACGAUCAUAUAGAGGAACUGAAACUUAUAUCAGAAAUAGAAUCGUUAAAAAACAUUCUUUCAAAAAGUAGCACAUUUUCACUACCAAAAAUUAACGAAUCUAUGUGUUUGAAAUGUGUCAAUAAUAGCGAAACUGAUAAAAUUUACUCCAAGACUCAACGCCGAAAAUCAGAUAGCGAUAAACUGAUCGACAAUAUUUAUAAAAAGAAUGUAACUAUUUAUAAUGAUAAUUAUUUACACAGUAAAUAUUGGUUGAAAAAACUCUUUAAAGGACCUGAAAAUAAUAAACAAGUUGAAAAUCAGAAUGGACUUCUUUGUUGCAGGCAAACAGAAGAGAGAAUCAUCAACAAACUAUACAGAAAUGUUAUUUCUUUGAAAAAUGAUAUGUUUCAUAAGUAUCAACAAAACUAUUCACAAACACUCAGCGAUUUUUAUGGGAAAAAUCAAUUAACGCUUCGUUCCCAGUAUGGUUCAUUUUGUAAAUAUCUUGGCCAGUCAUUGGUCCAAAUAUUCUGCAACGUAAUUCUCUAAUAAAUUAAUUUAAACCUUUAGGU